AUGGAAGGUUUCCAAGCAAUCCUGAAAUUCUUUAUGAACCAGAAAACUGCGAUAGGUUACAGUUUCCUGGCGCUGCUGACAAUGGGAGGUGAACGUGUGUUUUCUCUUGUUGCUUUCAGAUGUCCCUGCAGCAAUGAAAACUUCAGGUAUGGUUUGGUAUUUCUCUUCUCCCCAGCUUUUGUUUUGCUAGUUAUUGGGUAUUUCCUGAACAGCAAGACCUGGAAACUCUUUACAGGCUGCUGGGUGAAUCCCAGAAAAAUAUUCCCCAGAGGGAACGUCUGCCACUUCUUUUAUGUCUUUGGACAAAUCACUUUAAACGCUCUGGUAGCCCCAGUGAUGUGGCUGUCCGUGGCUUUGCUCAACGGGACUUUCUAUGAAUGUGCCAUGAGCGGCUUGAAAAAUCCUGCCUACUUACAUGCAGUUUGCAACAGCAAAUCUGCACAGUGCUUGGAAGAACUGCACAAGGUAGCCUGUGACAAAAGCUCCAUGCCGACUGCAGAGAGCGACGAACUGAAACGAACUCUUCAAGCACAGUCCCAGAUUUUAGGCUGGUGUGUGAUAGUUACCACAGCUCUUCUCUCCCUGCUAACCACUUGCUGUGCCAGCUGCCAGUCGAAAGUCAGCCAUCUCCAGCUGAUGUUCUGGAGGGUGUAUGCACAGAAGGAGAAGGAACAACUGGAGCAGAUUUUCCAGCUGUAUGCCACCAAGCUGAGUGAGCGAAACCUGAAGUGCUUUUUUGAGAACAAGGAGCCAGAAGUGAUUCCCCUGCCAGAUUUUCAGGCAUGGGAAGAUGCUUCCCAGCUCCAUUCCUUCAGCAGCAGCAAACAGCAUUAUAGCACAAUUCACAGGCUAGUUGAAGAAGGCCACAAAGAAAUCAGUGAGGAAAGAGAGACAAUGCUGGACUUUGCAGACAGAAGGGAUAUACCUUAG